AUGGACAAACUCUUGCUCAAGUAUCUCAAGACGAGAGGUUAUUAUGUUUUAAAGGGAGAGAAACAUCACUUGAAUAAUGCUAUUGAAGAAGAAAGACAAUAUCGGGCAAUGGGUCAACAGAUUGAACGGAUAGAACAAGAUAUUAGUAUUGACAAGUAUGCACAACAAUUGGGAUUAACGACAGAAGCUUGUACUGCAAAUCACUUGUUGUUCUACGGACUAACAGAUGGUAAUCCUGACACGUAUGACGAAGCAUAUCGAAAGCUAUUGGACUGGAUUUGUAACUCGUUAGAUAUGUAUCGCAACGAGCUGCAUGCAGUGGUCUUUCCUGUGUUUGUUCACUGCUACUUGGAACUACUAUCGAAGGGGUUUAUUGAAGCCGGUAGGCGUUUCUUUUGUCGUCAUGCACUUGAUCACACAAGACUACACUUGGAAGAGCUUCGUAUCCUGAGUCUUGUGUUUUCGCCGCAGCAUUUGCGCGAGAACGAAUACGUGCGCGAGGUUCUUCAUAGCAAAUUUAACGUGGAAAUGAGUUUGCUGUCUUUUGAGCUGCUAAACAAGUUCUUGAGCCAGGAACGUCUUUUCUUGUUGUUAUCGAUAGUCAACGAGCGUGUUAAUCUUGUGGUGACAUCAAACCAGCCGGGCAUACAGAUUCAAGAGCUGCAAGAUGCUUUUACACCAGGUGUACUAAAUAAUUUGGAACCAAAGGAUGACGCAGCCAGUGGAUUUAGGACCUCGGACGAACUCGCAUUGGCUGUGGCUGCAUCAGGCCACCCAAGUGAGAGCGAAAUUGCUAUGCCAUUGACAACAGGCCCCUACGAUGUAGAUUAUAUGGUGCGCACUGCUAUUAGUAACAAUGUUGCGACUACUGGAAGCAUGGGCUAUACGGUGCAGGAUCUAAAUGCUAUUCCUGUUAACUGGGGAGUCUUUCCUGAACGCAAAGUUCAUGAUCCAUCGAUAGAGGAAGUAGAUGAUGGCGUUGGGAUGGGAAAAGAUGGCGGUGCGACUGCUAAUGGUGUAGCAGGGAGUGGAGUAGCAAGUGGUUCCAUUGCAGGUAACGAAGCCGGUGGCGCCGACGGCGACAAAAGAACAGGUGCUGACAGCUUAACAGAUAAAGGCAAGGCAUAUACUUCAUCCACAGACUCGCACCGUAAACACAAGCGUACAAGGCUGUCAGAUGAUGGAACGCCAGGCAUGAAGAAGGAGCUAUUAGAGGAGAUUGGACCACUUCCGGACCGAAAGGAUGCGUUAAACUCUGGCGUAUUGGAGAAACUUGUACUACGUAUUCCCGCUAGUAUGAAAGAGCAUAUUCUUGAGGAUAUCCGGGUUCGUGCACCAGUAAGCCGCAGUGUACUUCCAUCGGCCUUGUGCUUCACCUUGCUGAACUCAGCAACGCACGUUAACAAUAUGUGCUUCAGUGAUGAUGUGACUAUGGUGGGUGCUGCGUGCGAUGAUGCCUCCUUUCGAGUUUGGCGCAAUGACGAUCAGCCGCUAGGAACUGCCACAGGAUCUGCGAACCAGCGCGCCUCACCGUCUUUCACUGAAGCAGAUGAAGACGAAAAAAUGGCCGUACUUCGAGGCCACUCAGCUGCUGUCUUCGGCGCAAGCUUUUCACCUGAUAAUCGAUUUGCUCUCACAUCGUCAGCUGACUCUACAGUGCGACUAUGGAGUAUGGCAGCGAAGACCAAUUUGGUCGUGUAUCGGUCACAUCACGGUUCUCCGGUGUGGGAUGUUACCUUCGCUCCACUUGGAUACUACUUUGCGACCUGUUCGAUGGACCGGACUGCACGGCUUUGGAGUACAGACCACAUAACACCAUUGCGCAUUUUUGCUGGUCAUUUAUCGGAUGUAGACUGUGUGCGUUUUCAUCCAAAUCACAACUACAUUGCCACGGGCUCCAGUGACAAGACUGUACGGCUCUGGGACGUGCAGUCGGGCAAAUGUGUCCGUGUAUUUACGGGCCAUUUUCGGGGAGUGCAAUGUCUCGCGUUCUCGCGCAACGGUCGGUAUUUGGCGAGUUCAGGUGAGGACCAGUACGUUAACAUUUGGGACCUGCAGGCUGGUAAACGUUUGGAAACCCUCAUGGGUCAUAAGGCCAUGGUCACUUCACUGGAUUUCAGCCAGGAGAGUACAAUUCUAGCAAGCGGUGGGAUGGACUCUACUGUGCGUCUUUGGGAUAUGAAGGCACUUACUGAGAAACCCACAACGCAUUCUGCACUUUCAGGUGCUAUGGAAGGUUUGCAUGUGAGUUCUUCAGGUGUAGACGCACUAAACGGCACUCAACUCUCUGGUCGUAGUCGGUUUGUAAAACGUGUACCAAUGGUACGACCGGGAGCGGUGCAAGAGCUACCAUCUUCACGGUUCUUACUGAAGACUCUGCGUUCCAAGCAGACGCCCAUGUACCGUGUGCACUUCACACCGCGUAACCUGUUGCUUGCUGGUGGCAUUUUCCAGCCUAAAAUGGAGACAUAG